AUGGAGGCUGAAUUGCAAGCCCAGAUCCCUGGUCUCGACCAUAUCAUCUCCGAAUACUCGGUCGGCUACUUAACACACGCCGCAAAUCUCUACGUCGACGAUGCUGCAGGACAAUCGCCCUUGGUGGAAGCGGCCCAAGCUGUGACCGAACUCCUCGUCUCCGCCUCCGGAGACUUCUCCCCGCAAAGCUACGAGGCGAUCGGCAACUUGGUUGAGAAGUUCAUCACGACCCUCAGCUCCGCCAAUGUCGACCCAGAGCGCAGACAGAUGCCGUUCAAGGCUAAGAAGCUGGAACAGGCCAUCAAUGUUGGCGCGCAGCGCAACAUGUCCUCCACCCUGGGCUUGACCGGAAACACCGUCGACUUGGAAUCAGCCAACCUCAGAAAGCUGGAGUCCAAGGUGGACAAGAAGAAGCUCGAGAAGGCAGAGCGCAAGAUCCGUGCCAAGCAAGACAAGAAGCAGAUGAAGAACGUCACCUACGAGUCGUCUCGCUUGCUCCAGCAGCCGGAUGAGACCAUGUCCUACGAGGAGUUCUUCAUGGCUGUCAACCCUCUCCAGCUUGGCUCGGACUCACAGGCCAAGAGUAAGGAUAUCAAGCUCGACAAUAUCGAUAUCUCUAUCAGUGGCCUGCGCAUUCUGACCGAUGCUGCGUUCACCCUCGCGUAUGGUCGUCGUUACGGUCUGGUUGGUCAGAACGGUAUUGGUAAAUCCACGCUGUUGCGAGCCCUGAGUCGCAGAGAAAUCGCCAUUCCUACCCACGUUUCUAUCCUUCACGUCGAGCAAGAGAUCACUGGUGACGACACUCCGGCCCUGCAAGCGGUAUUGGAUGCCGACGUGUGGCGCAAGCAUCUCCUCGCAGAGCAGGAGAAAAUCACGAAACAACUGGCGGAGCUUGAACAGGAGAGAUCCUCAUUGGCUGAUACCUCAACGGAUGCUGCCAGACUCGAUGAACAGAGAGAGGGUCUGGAUAUCACAUUGAGUGAUAUCUAUGGCAAGCUCUCUGAGAUGGAGUCUGACAAGGCCGAAUCUCGCGCGGCCAGUAUCUUGGCUGGUCUUGGUUUCUCCCAAGAACGCCAGCAGUAUGCUACGAAAACCUUCUCCGGUGGUUGGAGAAUGCGUCUUUCCUUGGCACGAGCUUUGUUCUGCGAGCCUGACUUGCUUCUUCUUGACGAACCGUCUAACAUGUUGGACGUUCCGUCUAUUACUUUCCUUUCCAACUACCUCCAGGGAUACCCUAGCACCGUUCUGGUUGUUUCUCACGAUCGUGCAUUCUUGAACGAAGUCGCCACAGAUAUUAUCCACCAGCACUCCGAGAGGCUGGACUACUACAGGGGUGCCAACUUCGAAUCCUUCUACGCAACCAAGGAAGAACGUCGGAAGACCGCCAAGCGCGAAUAUGAGAAGCAAAUGUCCGAGAGAGCUCACUUGCAAGCUUUCAUCGACAAGUUCAGAUACAACGCCGCCAAGUCGUCCGAAGCGCAAUCCAGAAUCAAGAAGCUCGAGCGUAUGCCCGUCCUCGAGGCCCCCGAGAGCGAAUACACCGUGCAUUUCGCAUUCCCCGGCGUGGAGAAACUAUCACCACCCAUUGUACAGAUGUCCGAGGUUUGCUUCGGUUACACGCCAGAGAAACCUCUUCUCAAGGAUGUCGAUUUGGAUGUCCAGCUCGACUCGCGUAUUGGAAUUGUGGGACCCAAUGGUGCUGGUAAGACCACAGUGCUGAAGCUGCUCACCAAACAACUGGAGGCCACCAAGGGUCUUAUUUCCACAAACUCGAGACUCCGUAUUGGAUUCUUCGCUCAGCAUCACGUCGAUGCUUUGGACAUGAACAACAGUGCCGUCGGAUUCAUGACUGUGACCUACCCUGGAAAGACUGAUGAAGAGUAUCGACGACACUUGGGAGCAUUCGGUAUCACGGGUACAACCGGUCUUCAGCGUAUGGGACUGCUGUCUGGAGGUCAAAAAUCUCGUGUGGCCUUUGCUUGCUUGUCUCUGACCAACCCCCACAUUCUUGUUCUUGACGAACCUUCUAACCACUUGGAUAUCGAGGGUAUGGAUGCUUUGGCCGAGGCCUUGCGUGUGUUCGAGGGAGGUGUUGUGAUGGUUUCCCACGAUGUGACCAUGUUGCAAAGUGUCUGCACCAGUCUCUGGGUUUGCGAUGGUGGUACUGUGCACAAGUUCGACGGUACCGUCAACGCCUACAAGAAGAGAAUCACCGAGCAGGCCGAUGCCGCCGGUGUCGUUGCAAAGCACUAG